CAUGGCGGGGGCACCGUGGGACCCCCCAGCCCCCCGGGGGCUCCCCCCCCCAGCCCCAUGGCCAUGGCGGUGCCGCCGUCACCUUGGUGCCGGUGUCCAUGGCAGCGGGCGGCGUUGCCAGGCCGGCCGGUGGAGUGGUUGCCCCCGUGAGCAGGCCGUGAAGUGGUUGGCACGGCAACCGGCACAGGGGGGGGGCCCGGGGACGGUGACGGGGCUGACGGCCCCCCGUGGGGAGGGUCCCAGACCAGGCCGCCCGCGUCCGUCCGCUCCACGCAGAGACCCCCGGAGCCGCCUCGGGGUCCCCCCUCACGCUGAGGUUCACAGCAGGCCGAGGAGGAGGAGGAGGAGGAGGAGGAGGAGGAGGAGGAGGAGAGGCCGAAGCACCCGGCCGCCCCGCACGGCCCAGGGCGUUGGGGACCCCCCAGGGUUGUCCCCGGGAUGCGGGGGGCCGAGGCCGGGCCCGCGGGGGCUUGCGGCCGCUCCGCUGACGGGGCCGUGGGGACGCGGCGGGCGCCCCGGAUGAGCUAACGCCCCCCAACGUGGCGCAGCCCCGGCGCGGCCAGGGACGGGACCCGGGCGGACGAGGCGGGGGGGUGCCGGGGGGGCUCGGGGGACACAGCUUCGCCCGCCGCCUGCCCCGCGCCCACGGCUGCCCCCAUGCUGGACCACAGAAGCAGGAUGGAGAGCUCCCGGCAGGAGAAGGUGGAGCAGAUCCUGUCGGAGUUCCGGCUGCGGGAGGAGGACCUGAAGAAGGUGAUGUACCGCAUGCAGAAGGAGAUGGACCGGGGGCUGAAGCUGGAGACGCACGAGGAGGCCUCGGUGAAGAUGCUGCCCACCUACGUCCGCUCCACGCCCGAGGGCUCCGAGGUCGGGGAUUUCCUCUCGCUGGACCUCGGCGGCACCAACUUCCGCGUGAUGCUGGUGAAGGUGGGCGAGGGGGAGGAAGGGCAGUGGAAGGUGAAGACGAAGCACCAGAUGUACUCCAUCCCCGAGGAUGCCAUGACGGGGACGGCCGAGAUGCUCUUCGACUACAUCUCCGAGUGCAUCUCCGAUUUCCUGGACAAGCAUCAGAUGAAGCACAAAAAGCUGCCCCUGGGCUUCACCUUCUCCUUCCCCGUGCGGCACGAGGACAUCGACAAGGGCAUCCUGCUGAACUGGACCAAGGGCUUCACCUCCGGAGCAGAAGGGAACAACGUGGUCGGGCUCCUGCGAGACGCCAUCAAACGGCGAGGGGACUUCGAGAUGGACGUGGUGGCCAUGGUGAACGACACGGUGGCCACGAUGAUCUCCUGCUACUACGAGGACCACCGCUGCGAGGUUGGGAUGAUCGUGGGGACGGGCUGCAACGCCUGCUACAUGGAGGAGAUGCACAACGUGGAGCUGGUGGAGGGCGACGAGGGCAGGAUGUGCGUCAACACCGAGUGGGGCGCGUUCGGCGCCUCGGGGGAGCUCGACGAGUUCCUCCUGGAGUACGACCGCGUGGUGGACGAGACCUCGCUUAACCCCGGUCAGCAGCUCUACGAGAAGAUCAUCGGGGGCAAGUACAUGGGGGAGAUCGUCCGGCUGGUGCUGCUGAAGCUGGUGGACGAGAACCUGCUCUUCAACGGAGAGGCCUCCGAGAAGCUCAAGACCCGCGGCACCUUCGAGACCCGCUUCGUGUCGCAGAUCGAGAGCGACUCGGGGGACCGCAAGCAGAUCUACAACAUCCUGACGGCCUUCGAGCUGCUGCCCUCGGGCACCGACUGCGACAUCGUGCGGCGCGUCUGCGAGAGCGUCUCCACCCGCGCCGCCCAGAUGUGCUCGGCCGGGCUGGCCGGAGUCAUCAACCGCAUGCGGGAGAGCCGGAGCCAGGAGACCCUCAAAAUCACCGUGGGGGUCGACGGCUCCGUCUACAAGCUGCACCCCAGCUUCAAGGACCGCUUCCACGCCACCGUCCGGCAGCUGACGCCCGGCUGCGACAUCACCUUCAUCCUCGAGGAAGGCAGCGGGCGAGGCGCCGCGCUCAUCUCGGCCGUCGCCUGCAAAAUGGCCUGCAUGAUGGGGCAGUGAGCGCAGGACCUGGGGGCGGCGGGGACCCCCCGCGCUGCCGGGGGGGGCGCGCAGGGCGCCCAGGAGCGCAGACGGACGCGGGGAGGGCUUGGCCGCGGGAGGCGACGGCGGCCGGGGAUGGGGCCCCCCCCAAUAAAGCGGGGCCCCCCCAAUAACGGGG